GUGUUUUGGUUCCUCCCCCGCCUCCCCGCCAACCAGCCCUCGCAUCUGGGAGGAAACAGACCGAGAAGCACCCGGGCGGCGGCGCAGGUGGUUCUCAAUGUCCCCGAAACGCGAGUGACCCGUUUGGAGAACGGCCUCCGGGUGGCCUCCGAGGACUCCGGGCUGUCCACGUGCACAGUUGGGCUCUGGAUUGAUGCUGGAAGCCGGUAUGAAAAUGAGAAGAAUAAUGGAACAGCUCACUUUCUGGAGCAUAUGGCUUUCAAGGGCACCAAAAAGAGAUCCCAGUUAGAUCUGGAACUUGAAAUUGAAAACAUGGGUGCUCAUCUCAAUGCCUAUACUUCCAGAGAGCAGACUGUAUAUUAUGCCAAAGCAUUUUCUAAAGAUUUGCCAAGAGCUGUAGAAAUUCUUGCUGAUAUAAUACAAAAUAGCACAUUGGGAGAAGCAGAGAUUGAACGUGAACGAGGAGUAAUCCUUAGAGAGAUGCAGGAAGUUGAAACCAACUUACAAGAAGUAGUUUUCGAUUAUCUUCAUGCCACAGCUUAUCAAAAUACUGCACUUGGACGGACAAUUCUGGGACCAACUGAAAAUAUCAAAUCUAUAAAUCGUAAGGACUUAGUGGAUUAUAUAACUACACAUUAUAAGGGACCAAGGAUAGUACUUGCUGCUGCUGGAGGAGUUUCCCAUGAUGAACUGCUUGAGUUAGCAAAGUUUCAUUUUGGUGACUCUUUGUCCACAUACAAAGGAGAAACACCAGCUCUGCCUCCCUGCAAAUUCACAGGAAGUGAGAUUCGAGUUAGAGAUGACAAGAUGCCUUUAGCACAUCUUGCAAUAGCUGUUGAAGCUGUUGGUUGGGCACAUCCGGAUACAAUCUGUCUCAUGGUUGCAAACACACUAAUUGGCAACUGGGAUCGCUCUUUUGGAGGAGGAAUGAACUUAUCUAGUAAGCUGGCCCAGCUUACCUGUCACGGCAACCUCUGCCAUAGCUUCCAGUCUUUCAACACUUGCUACACAGAUACUGGAUUAUGGGGAAUCUAUAUGGUUUGUGAACCAGCCACUGUUGCAGACAUGUUACAUGUUGUUCAAAAAGAAUGGAUACGACUCUGUACAAGUGUCACUGAAAGUGAAGUUGCACGAGCCAAAAACCUUCUGAAAACAAACAUGUUGUUGCAACUCGAUGGUUCUACUCCAAUUUGUGAAGAUAUUGGUAGGCAAAUGUUGUGCUACAAUAGAAGAAUUCCCAUCCCUGAGCUUGAAGCAAGAGUAGAUGCUGUGAAUGCUGAGACAAUUCGAGAAGUAUGUUCCAAAUAUAUUUAUGACAAGAGUCCAGCUAUUGCUGCUGUUGGUCCCAUUGAGCAACUACCAGAUUUUAACAGGAUUCGCAGUAACAUGUGCUGGCUUCGCAAUUAAAAUGCUCCUAAGCAAAAUAUUUUGAACAUAUUUAUAAAACUAAUAGAGACUGGCAAGUUUUAAGCUAUCAGUCCCCAAAGGAAAACAUAAAAAUGAACAUACGUACUUGGAAAUUUGAAUGAAAUACUGCAUCAAACUUUCAAUGGAUAAUGCUACCACAGUGAAUGGUAGCUCUCUUGAGAAACUCUGUUGGAACAGCACACUUUCAAAUUAUCUCCAUAAGUACAAUUAUAAGAAUGAAAACUUGUAAAGUAUUUUCAGUUUUAUUAUAAAAAUGCACACACAACAAA